AUGGGCGGAAAGGCUGGGUCCCGCAGCGCACUCGGCUCUGUCAUUCUCGCCUCGGCUUGCGCGGAGUGGCGAAAUGCCGCAUUCUCCACCAAUAUGAGGGAUCCAAAGAAUCCCAUGUCCAGCGGCUCAGGUAACCCGAGCUCACCGGCCGCUCCUCCCAAGGAACGUCUGUCGUCCGGCAGUGAAUAUUGCUCAGACGUCCCCAAACAAGUGGAUUGUGAGUUUGCCCAGAUCGUAUUCCAGAUGUUCUGGGCGUUGCGCUGGCACAAGUGGUUGAUCCGCGACGCCUCGAGAAAAGAUGUGCCCGAGCUGAGCGGUAAUACGUUCUUCCUAUCGGUUCCUAAUGCCAAGGUGGUCGCCUUCAAAGACUUUGUGCAAAGUGUUGUAGUUCACUCGCUCUGCCUCGCGAAGAAGUUGCACUUGUAUGUGGAAAGCUAG